AUGUCUACCGCUACUGCCACUCGUCAAAACAACAAGCGCUACAUCAAGCGUCCAGACAACCAAGCCUUGAAGGUAGAGAUCGAUCUGUUAAAAGCGGAAAUUAAAAAGUUGGACUUGACAAACAACGAAAUCAAUGCUCAGAUUAGCAAAACUGUCAGUAGCCCCGAGGUAAUAGAGAAGAGAAAGCAGCUUCAACUGCAAUUGAAGGAGUUAAUUGCAAAGCAGGCUGGUGUUAAGGCAGAAAGAAAUUCCAUCAAUGAGCAGAUAAAAAACGUUGAUCAACAGUUAAAAAGAAAAAUUACCGAGAUCCUGGCACAAACUUCAAAGAAUAACUUCAAAAAUGUCCAAGAAAUCGAUAGCAGAGUUGAUUACUUAGAUAAGUUGAUUGAGACUGGUGAUUUGAAAUUAGCUGACGAAAGAAGAUACGUUAAGGAAAUGUCAUCGUUGCGUAAAUUGCGUAAAGACUUUGGAGUUAUUGAAAAGCAACAAGAACUCAUCGAUCAAGACAAGGCAAAAAUUGCCGAAUUGAAAAAGAAAUUAAACUCUGUUCAAAACAAAGAACUUCAGCAAGAGUUCGAAAGAGUACAGAAGGAGUUAAAUAGUGUCAGUAGUCAAAACGAAACAAUCGUUAACAAGAGAAACUCCUUGUUCAAUAAAAGAAAUGAGAUCAAGAAAGCUAAGGAUGAAAAAUACGAUAGCAUUAGAAAAUUAAGGUCUGAUUUUGAUGCUGAGUAUGACAACUUCAAAAAAGCGAUGGCCGACCAAAGAAAGCAAAGAGCUGAAGAAGCAAAGCAGCAGCAAGUUGAAGAAAGAAAGCAGAAACAGAAAGAAGAAGCUGAAAAACAAUUGGCAGAUGCUUCAGUUCCAGCUUUCACUGAUGAAAUCAACUCGAUUCACAACCUUUUAACCUAUUUUGAUCCGACGUACGUUAAACCUCAAAAGAAGACUUUCGAUUUGAAUGGUGAGUCAAACAACACACCAUCAAACAACAUUCGGAAAAUAGAAAUGCCAGAUGAUGUUGUACCUAUCAAAAAGGAGCAAGAAUCUUUCUUUGUUGGAUCAAAAACAAAAAAGACAAAGCAAAAGAAGACUAAAGCAAAGAAUUUCACCGUAGAUCCUGAAGUUAUUGUCGCAUUAGGAGACUUAAGUAUUCCCUUGCCAAUCAAAUCGGAAGAUGUUUCAGGUACAGUUGAAACUUUGAAGGAAACUUUGAAGGCUCUUGAAGAGAAACAAGACGAGCAGACUAAGGUCAAUAUCGAAAAAGCUAAAGCAAAAAUUGCUAAGCUAGAGGAAGAAAGCGAGAGAGCAGAAGAAGAACAUGCAAAUGGUGUAGUUUCUGAGGAGGAAGAGUAG